AUGCCCAAUGGCGAACAAGCUCUGGAGCAGGACCAUGAGGGCGAGGACAUCGCGGAGGAGAGCAGCGAAUGGGAGUCACCAGCCGACGAUGAUGAAGAUGAGAGCGAUGAGUCGGACGAUGAGGAGGUGGUCGACUCCCCACCUCAUUCCGAACGUCGAUCCAAGCAGCACCAUGAUCCCGCGGGCAGGCGCGCUCCACGGGACGUUUUUGUGCUCCUGUUCGAUGAAGAAGAAGUACCGCUGAGGGGAAGGAGGAGGAGGGACAAGGAACUAAGCGGGAAAGCGCCUGAGCAACAAAUCAGCCUCAACCUUGAUCUAGAACUGGCCAGGAAGAAUCUCAAGACUGCUCGUGAUGAAGUAGCUGCCAUGGGAGAGAAAAUGAAGCAGGCUUUGGAGAAGAAGGAUCAGGAUCUUGCUGCUGCACAGAAGGAAGCGCAAGAGAAAAUGGCACUUGCUGACAAGAAGCUUGCUUCAGUCGGCAAGUUAGAACAAGAGAACUCCAAACUGAAGACUGUUGUUUCUGACACUAAUCGAGAGGUCGAGCGACCGAAGAAAGACAAGGACAAGCUGACUGAGGAGCUUGGGAUCCUCAAGGCCAACAAGGGCGAGUUGGAGUCUUAUCUGGGCCAGCUUGCUGCAAAGCUGGUCUUAAAACUUGAAGUUAUUACCCGUCAAUUAUUAAUUUGUCAACUUUUCUCAGGAGGGGGAGAGGUGUCAUGGAGCAAUAUGAUUGGUGUGAUAGGUCGUGACCUCUUCAUUUAUUGCCUCCACCGCCUCUCCAGAUGGGAAUAUGGAGCCAUCGCCUCCCUCAACCGUGAUUUCAAUUCCCUGGUUCGCGACGGGGACAUCUACCGCCUGCGUCGCAAGAAUGGGGUCGCAGAGCACUGGCUCUACCUCUCUUGCGGUAAUAAUCCUCCGGAGUGGGAGGCUUAUGACCCGUCCACUGGGCGCUGGAUCCAUGUGCCCAACAUGCCACCGGCUCAAAGCUACGUCUGGGAGUCGCUGGCUGUAGGAACCGAGCUGCUGGUGUUUGGGGGCUACGGAAGUGUUGCCUUGAGAUAUAGCAUCCUUACCAAUUCAUGGACAUGGCUGGCUGAUGGGAUGAACACCCCGCGGUACUUGUUUGGGUCAGCAAGUGUCGGUGAAAAGGCGUAUGUCGCGGGAGGCGCUGAUUCUUCUCAUAACAUAUUGAGCUCCGCAGAGAUGUAUGACUCGGAGACACAUACUUGGACACCCCUUCCCAGCAUGAAUAGGGCUAGGUACAUAUGCUCUGGUGCGUUCAUGGAUGGCAGGUUCUAUGUGAUCGGUGGUCGUACCAGUAGCGACGAGGUAUUGACAUGCGGUGAGGAGUAUGACUUGAACCGGCGGUCAUGGAGGCUCAUCGACAACAUGUCUCUGGGGCUCAACAAUAUAGCCGGGGGUGCUCCUCUGCUCCUUGCAGUUGUGAACAAUGAGCUUUAUGCUGCUGAUUACAGUGAGAAGAAUGAUUUGAAGCAGUAUGAUAAGGUGGACAACAAGUGGAUCACUCUUGGAAAAUUGCCUCUACGGUCGAAGGACAAUGGCUGGCACAUGGGUUUCCGAGCGUGUGGUGACCGCCUGAUUGUUAUUGGGCGUCCAAACAAUUCUGAUGGUGAAGAAGUGGUUGAGCUUCAUUCAUGGACCCCAGAUGGGCAACCGCCUGUGUGGAAUUUGUUUGCCACAAGGCCAUACAGGGGCCCCCAAAUUGUGUGCCCCGUGAUGGGUUGCUGAGACGGUCAACUGAAUAAAGGUUGGAUGCAUUCAAGAUAUGAUGCGGGCUGUGUCUCAUUCUCAGUCUGAAUUUCCUGGGAGCACUCCGCUGAUGAUGAUAUAAAAAGAGAAGACAUGAAUGAGUUCCAGAGAAAGUGCCUGCAGAAACAUCCGAGUUUUUAGUCACUAGAUGUUAUUUCCAGUUGUAAUUUGUGUUCCAAUAAUGUUUUGAUGCUUUCUACGGUCUUCAUCUCCAUCACCCAGCUUUAUUUGUUCAGUAAAACAGAGCUCUCAGUUACUUUUCGAACAUCGAAUUCAGUCUCUAGCUUGCCCUAUUUUUUUGUUCAAGAUUUUUCAAACUCUGAACAAAAAGCAAUUUGGACCCGAUGAUAUUCAGUCAGCUGUUUUGAAAUGUAUUUACUCGUAGUUUGGUAUA